ACGCGCGGAGGGGCCGUCUUUACUCCCGCUGGAGCCCACGUGUCAUUCCAGCGCCGAGAGCGCGCUGAAGCCGAGGCAGGAUCAUGCCCAAGAAAGGAGGAAGAUCGGCUGGAACAAAGAAGGCACAACAUUUACCAAGCAAACAAGCAAAAGUGGAAGCAGCCUGCCCUUUGCUUUGGAACUGUGAUAAACCAGAGAGCUUAUUUGAGUGUUUGAUCUCUCCUAUCAAACAAGAUGAAUUUUUCAGGGAAUAUUGGGAGCAGAAGCCACUGCUGCUUCAGAGAGAUGACCCCUCUGUGGCAUUGUACCAUCAGUCUCUCUUUCAGUUAACCGACUUGGAAGACAUAGUCAAACAGGGUUUAUAUUAUGGAAGGGACGUUAAUGUCUGCAGAUGCGUGAAUGGGAAAAAAAGGGUUUUUAACCAGGAUGGUAAAGUCAACUACGCACAACUGAAGAAAGAUUUUGACCAGAAAAAAGCUACAAUACAGUUUCACCAGCCCCAGAGAUAUAAGGAUGAGCUUUGGAGGAUCCAGGAGAAAUUGGAAUGCUACUUCGGCUCAUUGGUUGGAUCAAAUAUUUACAUUACCCCUCCAGGGUCCCAAGGCCUGCCUCCACACUAUGAUGAUGUUGAGGUGUUUAUCUUACAGCUUGAAGGAGAGAAGCACUGGCGACUGUACCAGCCGACCAUAUAUCUAGCUCAGGAAUACAAUGCUGAACCUGAGGAGAAAAUUGGGAUGCCAACGCAUGACUUCUUAUUAAAGCCAGGAGACUUGCUAUAUUUUCCAAGAGGUACCAUUCAUCAAGCCGACACACCUCCUGGAGUAUCUCAUUCUACCCAUGUGACCAUCAGUACUUAUCAGAACAACUCUUGGAGAGAUUUCUUGUUGGAUGUGGUUCCUGAACUUGUUUUGGAUGCAGCAAAAGAAGAUGUUGCGUUUCGGAAGAGCAUUCCACGGCAAUUGUUGAUGAAGGUAGAUUUGUCUGAUUCAUCCAGGCAAUUAAGUGGCUUCCUGAGAUGCCUCGCUGACCGUCUGGAUAAUGGCAGAGAACUGAGGUCCUCCGACCUGAAAAAAGAUUUUAUUAUGAACAGAUUACCUCCUUUCUUGGGCUCCAGCUUUGAUUCUCUGGCACCAGUUGGAGCACUACCAAAAGUAGGCAGCACAAUCAGGUUACGGUUUAAAGACUACACCGUAAUUACAGUCGAACCAGAACAAGGCCAUUUGGAUGCUUCGCUCAAAGAAAUGGUUUUUGUGUAUCACUCUUUAAAGAACAAGAGGCAAACCCAUAUGAUGGGGGAUGAGAAUAUGAAUGAAGAAGAAAUGGCAGAGACUCAUGGGUUACGAUUUCCUCUCUCCCAUAUGGAUGCACUGAAACAAAUUUGGAGCUCUGAUACUGUCUGUGUUGAGGCACUGAAUCUUACUUCAGAAGCAGAAAAAGAGAACUUGGUGAUAUCGUUGUGGAGUGAAUACCUCAUUGAAGUAAUCUAAAGGCACCAUCCAGCCAAAAUUAAGCAGUCUUGCACAUGCCCUGGAUUUUAGAGGAUGAGUCAAGCAUGUAAGGAAAUCUCUGCAAUACGAUAGAAGGAACUUAAGGCAUACACCAGUCAAAGUUAAAAGUGUUGCUUCUAUGCAGGAAAAGCAAAAAGUUGUCUCAUGUAUAGGAAGACUUUUCUUACAUAGUUCAUGUACUUGUAGUAAGAUAUUUGAUUGUGUUCUAACAUUCAACGUAUUCUCAGGACCUAUUUUCUUGACUGCCCUAUAAAACCACAUGCAUC